AUGGGAAAAAGAACACAAUCGAAGUCGACCAACAACAAGCGAUCAACGCACAGGACCGUGAGUAUAGGAUGCAAGCUGAGAAACAGAAAGCUGGACUACGAUGAAAUAAGAAAAAGAGUGCAGGAAAACACAAAUGAGCCUAUAGAAAACCCAAAACAUGCACGGUGCAUCGAAUGCGACCGCGUAAUGGAAGCGUCUACGCUCGAAAAGCACAGAAAGUCGAGAGAACAUAGAAGAAGGCUGAAAGAUCUUUUGGAAGACGAACUUUUGGAACAAGAUAGAAAAAAUGGUCUAUUCUAA